CGAGACUGCGCUUCGCACAGCUAUGAGCGGUACUGGGGACCAAGGAGACUCAAGGUCGCUCCAUGUCAUUGUAUCUCUCUCGAUGUCGAAGCUCAUGAAACGAGGGACUCAGGGUAUUGAGGCCUGCAAGCUGUUUGCGGCCACGUCGUUGCUGGGCCCCGACAACAUUCCAUACGGCCUAAUCAAGGCCAUCGCCGCAGAAAUGAAGUUGACUGGUCCAGCCACCGCUCUCGCAACCCUCCUUGGCCAGAGUGGACUGAUUCGCUUAGGCGCUGAUGACAACUACCACACUCACUCACUGAUCCAACAAGUUGCGCAGCAGUUCAGCGAAUCAACUCACGAGCUCGCCUUUAGCGAGGUGAUAAAUGCUACUGGAUCGGCCAUGUUGAGCUUUGAAAAAACGCUGGGACUCAAGGCACACAGUCUCUCUGAGCACUUUGAACACUAUGCAGCGAAAGCAAUCCCUGAGACAUACUCAGCUCAAAUGCACGCCGAAAUUGAAAAGGCUUUGGCCAUGCAAUUGUCAGACAAGGCACUCUAUGGUGCAGCCAUUUCCGUCUUUGAACGAAAUCUGCGGCGGUCAGAGAUCCUCUUCGAAACAAGAUUGAAUCCAUUGGUUGGAACCAUACUCAAGGAAAUGGGCGACACAAUGCAUGCGAUGGGGCGCCUUGACCAAGCAAUGGAGUGCUUGAACGAAUCUCUACAUAUCACUAUCUUGUGCUUCGGCACUCGGAACAAUCCGCAAACCCCUCCCAUUCUCAAUAGCAUCGGCGGGUUGAAGAGAUCUACCGGUGACCUCUCCGAUGCUCUUGAAUGCUUUCAAGAGGCCGAAGAUAUCAUGGCCAACUCUUCCACGGGUAAAUGUGAGCGGAUAUUGGGGCAAAUCGUAGGCAACAUUGGCCUCGUGUCAAAAUCCAAGGGACUCUUCAUCCAAGCUUUUGAUGAAUACGAGCAGGCCACGCAGCUUGAGCAAAUUGAUUCCGGCAACAGCCAAAGCCUUAGUAGGGCAGUGAACCUUAAUAACAUGAGCCCGAUUGCAAGAUAUCAGGGAAGAUACGAUGAAGCAAUCAAACUUUGCCAAGAUUCACUCGAAAUCAAGAAGAAGAUCUUCGACACUGAGGACCAUCCCGGAAUAGCGAAAACAUACCAAAAUUUGGGACUGAUCAUGAGAGACAAGGGCGACCUGCAUGAAUCCCUUCGGUACUUCACCAAAUCCAUAGAUAUAUUCAAGGCUGUCUAUAAAACUAAUGAACAUAUCGACAUUGCCGGAGUGUUGACGAAUAUUGGUGUCAUCGAAAGUGAACUCGAACACCACGAUUCCGCGUUUCGGCACCACCAGGAGGCAUUGGAUAUUUUGAAGAAUAUCCAGGGAUACCAGACCCAUCCUCUCUAUUUGAUCAUUAUGCAAAAUAUUGCCUUGGAGAUGGAUUCCCAAGGUCAACUCAAAGAUGCUCUCAAUCGUCUGAAGGAAUUGAAAGAAUUACACCUUAAUCUAAAGGAGAAUAUGAGCCAGAAUGAUUACGCCCGAGUGCUGUACAAUAUUGGGAAAGUAGCAUAUUCGAUGGGAUCGAUAUAUGAAGCCAAGGACUACAUCGCCGAAGGAAUCAAAGUGACGAGCAAGAUACAUGGAACUCGUGUGAACCCGGAUCUGGCGCUCGCCAAUUGUACUAUGGCGAAAAUUCUCAGCGACCUGGGCGACUCCUGUCGGGGACUUCAACUCUGUCAGGAGUGCCUAUCAAUUUUCGAACAUAUAUACGGAACGCGCAAGCACGCCGUGAUUGCGAGGAUUCUCUCAAUAAUGGGAGGAAUCGCAUCGGCAGCGUGGCAGUUUGACGACGCCGUUCAGCACUACAGAGAUUCCAUCGCAAUCUUCGAGCAUAUUUCCGAAGCACAAUAUUCGAGUUCGAUUGUCUCACUUCUCGUUGGCUUAGGGUUUGUUCUGAGCGAGCAAAAAAAUUACGAUCAGGCCCAUUCGUGUUUUCUGAAAGCGCUCAAGAUUUGCCGAGAGAUUGGGGAACCACAAGGAUACUUACCCACUGCAACUGUGCUCAAUGGCAUCGGAGUAACCCUGAUAAACCGUGGUCGUCUUGACGAAGCGCAGUCAAAACUCCAAGAAGCUCUGAAUGUUUGUAAGAAUGUCAAAGGCGACCGGAGAUUCCCUGUCAUGACAGCUGCUAUUCAAAACUUGGGGACAGUGGCGAGGAAACAAGACAAGCCUCAGGAGGCGCUCAAGUAUUUUAGAGACGCCCAAAUGAUAAUGAAGAGCAAUGGUUUUGGAAACGCCAUAACUCAUUCAGCCAACCUUGAAAUGAUAGCGAAGAUCGAGCAUAAAUGCGGAGACCAUGAGUCAGCUUUGAGGGACUACCAAGAAGCGGUUGAUAUCCUGGUGAAGUUCUUCAAUACAAAGUCUCAUGAGAAAGUCGUCCAAGCCAUGUGUAACGUCUUGUCAAUUCGUGUUUACUUCAAGAACUAUCGAGAAUCCGACGCACUUGCUCAAGAAAUCAUUUCUAUAAUGGAAAAACUCCUUGGGUCUCGUCAUCACGCGCUCAUCGCACAUGCUUUGAUCCAUCAAGGAAUAUCAGCAAAGGCAAAUAACUCACACGAAUGUGCAUGGAAGUAUCUCCAGGAGGGCCACGAUAUCCUGGUGAAGCUGAAUGACGAGGAGUAUAUGUGCCAUUUAUCCGUGGCUUUGAGGGCCAUGGGUGAGCUGAGCUAUUCGAAACGUAAUUUAAAAAUGGCGUUCAAACUGUUCGAGGAAGCAAUGACAACUUCUGUAAAAGCCAAUGGAACAAGGAAUCAUAUUGAUUCUGUCAACAUCUUGAAUCUAAUGGCUACCGUCGCUGACGACGAAGGAUAUCAUGAGAAAUCUACAAACCUGUAUUCAGAAGCUCUACGUAUCUUGAAAACUCUGGAUGGAAAUCAUGAAAAGGAAAUUGCCAGGGUGCUUUCUAACCUUGGAUAUUGCACACUAAAGGGAGGUGACUUUGAUUUGAGCUUUCGAUAUUACGAACAGUCACUUGACUACUGGGAGCGUGCUUAUGGAACGCGCAACACACCAGACGCUGCGGAAUGCUUAAGAAGUAUGGCCAUGGCGAAGGCACUAUCAAGAGACGAGGAAGGAGCGCAAAGGUUUACUCAUCAGUUCAAGGAGAUCAUGCACGCAAUUCAGAAUGAUGGGCAGACUGUCUCUGGUGAAUAUGUCGCACUGAGAUUCCGCCGAGCUGGUAUGUGAGCGCUAUGUUUUCACCGGAUCAUCCAUCUGCUAGAUAUUUGAAGUUCAGACAGUCUUCACAGAACGACCAAUAAACUCGUUUACAGCGU